AGCUGUUAAUACAGCUUUGCCAUCCGGAUAUUACCUAACAACACUUUUAUGAAUGUUUUUUAUUUUGAAAAUGAUUUUUUAGCUUCACAUAUAUGUAUUACAAAUAUUUGAUGACUCACGAAUAUUUAUAUCAUUGUAGUAUGUUGUAAAUAUGUACACAAGUGUAAGAGUAAAUAUGAAAAUAUCCUUUUUCGUUAUUCGGAUGAGGUAUUUUUCAUCGAAGCCUACAUCGUCUGAAGUCCUUACAGCUUACUUAGCUCAAUGUAAAGAACCUCCUUGGACGUCUUAUUUCGUUAAGUACAGCAGUGUAAAAGAUGAUCAGUUUGGAAUGUCAAACUUUAAUUGGAAAGUAGGAAAAUCUAAUUACCAGAUUUUGAGAACGGGUUGUUUUCCAUACAUCAAAUAUCAUUGUUCAAGGAAAGCUGAAGAAGAUUUAGUCAUCUCAGAUAGAUUUAUGAGAGUAAUCAAGAUUGUUAACUUUGGUAUACCUUGUCUACUAUAUGGUCUUGCUGCAACCCAGUUGAUUCGGCACACAGAAGUGGUUUAUACAUCAAAAGGACCUGUUAAUAUUUAUUUUUUAUUACCAGAACAUAAAGGAUCACUGCACUGAGUGACAUGUUCUUAUUGUAAAUAUUUUUAAUUUAAAUUUAGUUAGACUAAACUUCAAUAAAAUAAUUCAAGCAUUGUAUAAUGAUAA